AUGCUGAUAUCUGACAAUUUAUACAAUCUUACGUGCACCCUACGCGACGCUUUUAUCACUCCGACCCUGGCUUGCAUUUACGAGACCGUUUUGAACAGGCGUGUUGCUGAAACGGAAGAAGCAUGAUAAGGUUAUCAAAGUGCAGUUUCACCACAGCUUCAACUAGCAAGGCAUUUCUGGAGGAUUAUGCCAAACACCAUAUAUCUUUAUCUCCUCUGCAGCGUCUGCUGCUCACGAUGGGCUCGGCGGUAAUUUCGUUGGCAAACCCAUACCGAGGAGACAUGAUAGCGUGUCUCGGGGAGACCACCGGCAAGAAUGCCCUCGUACAUUGUCAUCGAAUACUGAAAAGCACGGCCGAGGGUCAGCGUAUACUUGAGCAAAAGCCACGCGUAAACACGUCCACCGUCGAUCUGUCUUACCUCAAAGAUUUGCCACCAGGAACAGUCGGCAGAACGUAUCGUGAUUUCUUGGAUAAUAAUAAUGUAUCACCCGAUGAUCGAAUGCCGGUGCAAUACAUCGACGAUAUUGAGUUGGCAUACGUGAUGCAACGGUACCGUGAAGUACACGAUAUCUUUCACGCUGUCCUCUUAAUGCCGACGACGAUGCUGGGGGAAGUAUCAGUUAAAUGGGUGGAGGGCUUACAGAUGCACUUGCCAAUGUGUAUAAGUGCAGCGAUAUUUGGAAGUAGUCGACUACGUCCUAGGCAGCGGCAAUUGUACACGAAGCAUUACCUGCCGUGGGCUAUAAAUACGGGUAAAAAAGCGAAGUUUCUAUUGGGAGUCUAUUAUGAAGAACGCUGGGAACAGUCCCUUGAAGAUUUCCACAAAGAAAUGAAUAUCAUGCGUCUUGUGUGAUAAAAGUGUAACAUCUAGCUUUUAACAGGUUUUUUAGUAUUAGUUAUAUUAGUAAUAUUAGUUAUUAUAUAUUAUAAAUAACAAACAAUUAUAGUUAUUGCUGAAAUUGACAUUUGUUGGUUUUUAUAAUUAAAAAAUGAAGUUUUACGGCGCA